CACAGCAACGCCAGCUGAAGCAUUAAAUGUCCGGUUUGUCCACAUAAGUAAAAAGAGUCAUCGAGUUUCUUCUCGUCUGUCAAGAAACUGCAGUAACUACCGAGUACCGCUCCACGUCAAGGUACGCCCUCACUCCUGGGCUCAUACCAAGCAGUGCCUCCGGCGGGCUUUUGGGGAGGGCUGGAGAAGGGUUUUGGUGUUUCGGAGUAAAGAACCGGUGGGAUCAGGAUGCAUUGCACAGGUAUACCGAGGCUGGGCCAGGGUGGACCAAGUGGAGGACCCAGCUUUCCAAUCAAUAGUAGAGGAGAUGGAAAAAGACGAUUUGUUGGAAGCCUGGGAGAUCCCUGGUUUAGGGGGCAUGGCAAGAUCUCUGAGGCAGCUCUGGAGGGGGAGUGGGGAGGAAGAGAGCAGUGAGGACAAAAGUCUUCUAGAUGGUCAGCAGGAGGAGCGCCUGAUACCUGUGGCAAUCAAGGUGGUCCAUCCAGGAGUGAGGAGACAAGUGGAGAUAGACCUGUUGCUCAUGAAAGCAGGUAGUUGGCUUCUGCACUGCCUGCCUGGACUCAAAUGGCUCAGUAUUUGUGAGAUAGUGGAGGAGUUUGAGAAGCUCAUGACCAAACAGAUUGAUCUCCGUUUUGAAGCCAGAAACAUAGAGCGUUUCCAGACGAAUUUCCGUGAUUUUGAUUAUGUAAAGUUCCCUACUCCUUUGCGACCAUUUGUCACCAGAAGCAUCUUAGUGGAAACCUUUGAAGAGAGUGAACCCAUUUCAAACUACUUGAGCUCCGAGGUACCCAAGGAAGUGAAGCAGAGGAUAGCCAAGAUGGGAGUAGACACGCUGCUGAAAAUGGUUUUUUUGGAUAACUUCGUCCAUGGGGAUCUUCAUCCAGGCAACAUACUUGUCCAGAGUCAGGGUCCUCUCGCUGGCUCGGGAGACGGUACUGGUAUUUCAGGGGAGCACCAUGGGAAAACCAUGCUCACUGAUUUGUUGGACACGGUGGUGGUCAGUGUCAGGCCACCGCCGUGUCCUAUCCAGCUGGUCUUGUUGGAUGCUGGCAUUGUAGCCCAGCUCAGUGACCGUGACCUUGCCAACUUUAAGGCUGUCUUCACAGCUGUGGUGCUGCAUCAGGGUGAGCGUGUGGCAGAGUUGAUUCUGAAUCAUGCCCGAGCUAAUGAGUGCAAGGAUGCCGCGCUGUUUAAAAAGGAGAUGGCUGAGCUGGUGGAUCAUGCCCUCAGCAGCAACACCCUCUCACUGGGAAAGGUCCAAGUAGCCGACUUACUUUCCAGAGUCUUUGGCCUACUCAUCAAACACAAGGUCAAGCUGGAGAGCAACUUUUCCUCAAUAAUUUUCGCUAUCAUGGUGCUGGAAGGCCUGGGAAGGUCUCUCGAUCCCAACUUGGACAUUCUGGAUUUAGCCAAACCCCUGCUGUUGAAGAACUGUGCCUCGCUGCUGUGAUGCACACACAAAGGAAGCAGCUGUAUAAUAAAUGUACACACAAGCGUAGUAUGCCUUUAGUGGAUCUACAGUUCAUGUGUACAUCCUAAUAAUACCAUGACGUUUGUCUUUAGGCUUACAAUGCAAGAUAUUCCUGUGUGGCAUACACGUCUCCUCCACAUUUCCAUAGUGGUGAUACCAAAAUAUACCUCAUUAUAUGGUCAAAUUUGUGGGUAUUCCCACUUUUAUCACUCCUAUUAGGAAAUGUGUUAUCUGUUUGACUAAAAUAUCCACUACACCCCUUGAAGUUUAUUGCAGGCUGUUGGCUGAGUCGGAGGGGGGGAAGUGGCACCAGAGGGCAUUUGUUGGGAUUUACGAUCUAAAACAAAAUACUGCUAAAAUCACAUGUUGAUAUUUUAAAGCACAUUUUAAUGUUUAAUGACUAAUAUUGAUCUCAGGACAUCUAUUAUCACUCCAUCCUUUAUUGAAUCCUAAAAAUGUAAUUGAGUGGACCAUGUUUGCUUCAGUGUGAAUCACAAUGUACUGUAUCACAUUCUUAUACACUAGGUUGACAAUGUGUUGACUAAUUGUAACACACAAAACUGACCUGGGUAUUGUAGCAUACACUAUAUUGCAGAAAGUUUUGACUCAUCUGCCUU